UGCUGGUGCAUUGUCAUCGUCAAUAAGGAGUAAAAAUUAAACUCUUUUUUUAGUGGGCACAUAUGUUCAAAUCCCCAUCUCCCCCCCCCCUAUAUUCAUUUUUUGUCACCUACAAAAACGAGUCAACUAAUUUGUACUUUUAACUGACCGUCCCUAGAGCAAGUGACAAAGGGCUCGGUGGUUAGUACCGGAGACCCAAGUUCGAAUCCUAAUUAAUUCACAUUUUCAGUUAAGUUUAUUUCUAAAUGAAAUAAAUGAAACGGAUAGCGUGCUACCUAUCUCUCUCAAAAAAAAAAAAAAAAAAAAAAAGUUGUACCUUUCCUAGCUUUGCUCCUUGUAUUAGCCAUCACACUAAUUAAGGAGAUAAACAUAGGCAUCUUUAAAUUUUAAUAUUGGUCGAUAAAGAUUUGACCAAAUUCAUUGAAUUUGAUAAUUAACUUGUUUUAUGAAAAAUUAAUGGCUAUUACAUGAAUCAGCUGAAACUAUAGUCAAUUUGUUUUAAGCUCCAAUUUAUUUAGGGCUUCUAUAUAUACCCAAUUUAGCUAUAUGAACAUCAAGAGUUUAUAUAUUAGUUAAAAAAAGAUACUUUAUUUAUGUAGAACAAAUUAAUCAACAAUUAUAUAUGUUACUACUAUAUCACAUGGAAUAACGCACCCUCUUGGUCAUGCUGUAAAACACGUAUGUUGUACGUAUCGAACGAGCCACGCCUACAAUUGUGCUUUGUUUUCACCUACCAACUUGUAUAUAUUGAUAACGUUGUGAUCUCAAUCUCCUCUUCUUGUUCAAGGUUACUAGAGAUCAAAACACAGCUGCAACCAAUGGACUCGGACCCACCACUUCUCUCCACGUACCGCGCUCUCUUCGACGCCCGCGAUCGCGAACGGAUCGAUCCCGAUGCGAUCGCCUUGACCGCAGCAUCGGACGAGUGUGAGCUUCCCCUCAUCGAUCUCGACCGUCUAAACGUAGCUGGUCACGACGGUCGCGACGCGACGGAGAAGUGUAAGAGGGAGAUAGUGGAGGCUGCCUCUCAAUGGGGCUUCUUCCAGGUGGUGAACCACGGCGUGUCCAACGAGCUCAUCGCGAGGGUGAGGGAGGAGCAGGUGAGCGUGUUUCGGCGGCCGUUCGCGAAGAAGGCGACGGAGCAGCUUUUGGAUUUCGCCCCCGAUAGCUACCGGUGGGGGACGCCGACCGCCUCGUCACCUGACCAGUUGUCGUGGUCGGAGGCAUAUCAUAUUCCUCUGACGCCGUCGGCUGCGCCCGGUCCCACCGAGGGCGCAACCAGGCACAUAGUCGAGGAGUUUUCGACGGCGAUGUCGCGAUUAGCGCAUAAGCUCGCAGGUAUACUCGCGGAGGGAUUAGGGGAGGGGGAUCAGGGAUACAUAAAGGAGAAGUGCACGUGUAAUACGUGCUACUUACGGUUAAACCGAUAUCCACCAUGCCCGAUUCGUUGUGGGGCAUUUGGGUUAACCCCUCACACUGAUAGUGACUUUCUCACCAUCUUACACCAGGAUCAUGUUGGUGGGCUACAGCUUAUGCAGGGGAAGAGGUGGCUCACUGUUAAACCUAAUCCCCAUGCACUCAUCAUCAACAUUGGUGACCUGUUCCAGGCAUGGAGUAAUAACAUGUACAAAAGUGUGGAGCACAGAGUGAUGUCCAACGCAAAGCUGGAGAGGUUCUCAGUGGCCUAUUUCUUGUGCCCCUCUUAUGACACUGUGAUACAGAGUUAUGCAGAGCCUGCUAUUUACAGGAAAUUUAGCUUUGGGGAAUAUAGAGAGCAAAUCAAAGAAGAUGUGCGAUUAAUGGGGCGUAAAAUCGGGCUUACAAGGUUCCUUGCUGUUCAAAGCUUGUGAUAGUAAUGAAAAAUUUAGAUAAAGCAAUUGCUUAAAAUGCAUGUGUUCCACCAUUUAACACCAUUUGUAUAUGCCGCGCGCUUGAUUAUUUUGGUGUUCAAAGUGAUUUAAAAUUGUGGGCAAAAUUCAACAAAA